CCAUGCACGGAAGUUCUUUUUAUUGAUAUUUUCCAUGAAUAUAAUCAGACUCUUACCCCUGUGCUCUUAGAAAUGGUUCACAGUCUACAAGGGUCUACCAACAUGGAAGAUACCAGUGCUAUACUGAUUAAAGAUGCUGUGUAUAAUGCAGUUGGACUGGCUGCUUAUGAACUAUUUGAUAGCGUGGAUUUUGAUCAGUGGUUUAAAAAUCAACUAUUAGCAGAACUACAGGUUUCUCAUAACAGAUAUAAACCAAUACGCCGACGAGUAAUUUGGCUGAUUGGACAGUGGAUUUCUGUAAAAUUCAAAUCAGACUUGAGACCUAUGUUAUAUGAGGCAAUUCGUAACUUGCUUCAAGACCAGGACUUAGUGGUCCGUAUCGAGACAGCUACGACACUGAAGUUAACUGUAGAUGACUUUGAGUUCAGCACCGACCAGUUCUUACCGUAUCUGGAAUCCAUGUUUACACUGCUCUUUCAGCUACUUCAGGAAGUAACACAAUGUGACACCAAAAUGCAUGUUCUUCAUGUUCUGUCUUGUGUGAUUGAAAGAGUCAAUAUGCAGAUACGGCCGUAUGUAGGAUGUUUGGUUCAGUAUUUACCACUCCUUUGGAAACAAAGUGAGGAGCACAAUAUGCUACGAUGUGCCAUUCUAACCACCCUAAUCCAUCUUGUCCAGGGACUGGGAGCAGACAGCAAAAAUCUCUAUCCUUUUCUACUUCCAGUUAUUCAGCUAAGUACGGAUGUUUCUCAGCCUCCACAUGUCUAUCUUCUAGAAGAUGGUUUAGAGUUGUGGUUAGUGACAUUGGAGAAUAGUCCAUGUCUUACACCUGAGCUCCUGAGAAUAUUUCAGAACAUGUCUGCCCUUCUUGAGCUACCUCUUAGUUGUAAAGGUAAUGAGCUUAGUUCAGAAAACCUAAAAAAUUGCUUUAAGAUCAUCAAUGCUUAUAUUUUCUUAUCAUCAUCUGAAUUUUUACAGAUGUACGCUGCUGACUUAUGCCAGUCAUUUUGUGAACUUUUGGAGGACAUAACUACUGAAGGUCAAGUUCAAGUUUUGAAGGUAGUGGAAAAUGUCCUAAAAGUAAACCCUGUUUUGGGUCCUCAAAUGUUUCAACCACUUCUACCGUCAAUAUUCAGGGGGAUUUUAGAUGGGGAGAGAUAUCCAGUGGUGAUGUCUACUUAUCUAGGGAUCGUGGGUAGAAUUCUGCUACAAAAUGCAAGUUUUUUUUCAUUACUUUUGAACCAGAUGGCAUGUGAAUUGGGACAGGAGUUGGACCAAAUCCUUGGUAACAUGAUUGAAAUGUGGGUUGAUAGGAUGGAUAACAUCACUCAGCCAGAAAGAAGAAAACUUUCUGCUUUGGCAUUGCUUUCGCUUCUGCCAUCAUUGAAUAGUGUUAUCCAAGAUAAAUUUUGUGGUAUCAUCAACAUUUCAGUGGAAGGGUUGCAUGAUGUUAUGACCGAAGAUCCUGAAACAGGAACAUACAAAGACUGCAUGUUAAUGUCUCAUUUUGAAGAGCCCAAAGUUACAGAAGAUGAGGAACCUCCCACAGAACAAGACAAAAGAAAAAAAAUGCUUGCACUGAAGGACCCUGUACACACUGUGUCAUUGCAGCAGUUCGUCUAUGAGAAGCUGCAGGAAUUGCUGGGAGAGCAAGGUUUUCAGGCACUUAUGGAAACCGUGGAUACAGAAAUAGUUGCACAGCUACAAGAAUUUUUACAAGGGUUCUAA